UGGCACGCCUUACUCAGUCAAUGUGUAGUAAUACACGACACCGCUCCCUCAUAGCGCUAGUAGCCUGACCCUGUCAAAGCAAAUUGUACCCAAGGGCAGGGCAGAAGAAGCAGGGUAGAACUACAACAGCUGUACGUUUAAAUUCGUGCAAGGGCAAGCUACAUCUGGCUGCUAUGCGUGUGUCUAGGGCUGGGCGGGACGGGGCUAGAUAACAAGCAACAGCCGUGGAUCACUAGACAGGAGGAAGGCAAGCGGUACCCGGGGGGCAGUACUGCAACCAGCAGAAUACCCCUUUGGGAGAGCUAGGACAGCAUAUUGUGUGCACCAGCUGUAGCGCAUGCAUUUAGCUGUUCCUUUGGCAGAAGUGACCAGACAGCUGCUGCUGCCAAUACAGCACACAUUUUGUAUCGCCCAGGCUUGCCCAUUCCUUAGAAGUUCUUUCUGUUGCAGCAGAAUCGAGCCUUGUGAACCAAGAGUAUGGACGCACUGAAAUCAGCGGGUCGAGCCAUUAUUCGGAGCCCCAGCAUCGCCCGGCACACCCUGGGGGUAGCGGCCUCUUCAAGACACGAGAAACUCCCUGAGAACUGGACUGACACAAAAGAGACCCUACUGGAGGGAAUGGUAUUUAAUCUCAAGUACCUAGGCAUGACACUUGUGGAACAGCCCAAAGGAGAAGAGAUGGCAGCUGCUGCUAUUCGACGUAUUGUUUCCAUGGCAAGAGCUAGUGCCAAGAAAUUCCGAAAAAUUACAAUAACUGUUUCACCAAAGGGUUUAUUGCUACAGGACACCGAAACAAAUGAGAUAAUUGAAAAUGUCUCAAUAUACAGAAUCUCCUACUGUACAACAGACAAAGCCCAAGAUAAAGUAUUUGCUUAUAUCGCUCAGAACCAGAUGAAUGAGACGUUAGAAUGUCAUGCAUUUUUGUCUCCAAAGAAGAAAAUCGCUCAGGCUGUAACACUGACAGUCGCACAGGCCUUCAAAAUUGCACUGGACCUUUGGGAGACAGCACAGGAAGAGAAGUGCAAGCAGCCCUGCAGGACGACGUGUAGUCCAGAGGCAACUGCACUAAGCGGCUCAUCCAGUCCCAGUUUAGUAAAGCCAGAUACAGAUGAAGCCAUGAUGAUCAUACAUAGCACAAAUGAAGGAUCUCAAAGUCCUUUUACAACUUUACCUGUUUGCCAACUCCGAUCAGAAUCACAACACAGCAGCCCUAUUAGAGGGUCACCAAUCAAGCAGUCAUCAUGGGACACAGAUGAUGAACUUGAUGAAGCAUUUUCAAGACUAGCAGAGUCUCGCACAAAGCUUAAGGAAGAGAGUAAUUCUGCGUAUCACUAGAACAAAGGAACCAUACUGCGAACACUUGACAGGCUGUGCUUGUCAUUUCACCUUUUGCAAAGACCAGUAUGACAGAGUGAUAAGGGAGAUUCGAGCCGAGCUGCAUAUCAACACUUCUUUAUAACAGAUUUGGAUAUUGUGACAUUUUUACCUUGAAAGUAUACUUUAUUUAAAUUAUAUUAUUAAAAGUUUUAAGUGUUUUUGCCACA